UAUAGGAUGUCUCAGUGCUCUCAGAGUAACCCAGCCAGCGUUCAGAUCGUGUGCCGCCGGUCUCAGUUGCUAGUUCGCCAGAAAGCGGGAGGCCAAGCGACCGGAGUCUGAGUUGCAGUCGGAGUCUCGGGACCGGAGCAGGAGCCUGAGCCCGAGAGCGGAGCCCGCCCGCCCUUCGCCGCCCGCGCACCCGGCGCCUCCAGUGCUUCCGGCGCAGCGCGGCCAUGGAGCCCAGCAGCAAGAAGCUGACGGGCCGCCUCAUGCUGGCCGUGGGAGGGGCAGUGCUUGGUUCCCUGCAGUUUGGCUACAACACUGGCGUCAUCAAUGCCCCCCAGAAGGUGAUUGAGGAGUUCUACAACCAGACGUGGAUCCACCGCUAUGGGGAGCGCAUCUCGCCCUCCACGCUGACCACGCUCUGGUCCCUCUCUGUGGCCAUCUUCUCCGUGGGGGGCAUGAUUGGCUCCUUCUCUGUGGGCCUUUUUGUGAACCGAUUUGGCCGGCGGAAUUCCAUGCUGAUGAUGAACCUGCUGGCCUUCGUGUCCGCUGUGCUCAUGGGCUUCUCAAAACUGGGCAAGUCCUUUGAGAUGCUGAUCCUGGGUCGCUUUAUCAUCGGUGUGUACUGUGGCCUGACCACCGGCUUUGUGCCCAUGUACGUGGGGGAGGUGUCCCCCACGGCCCUUCGAGGGGCCCUGGGCACCCUGCACCAGCUGGGCAUCGUCGUCGGCAUCCUUAUUGCCCAGGUGUUCGGCCUGGACUCCAUCAUGGGCAAUGAGGAGCUGUGGCCCCUGCUGCUGAGCGUCAUCUUCAUCCCAGCCCUGCUGCAGUGUGUCCUGCUCCCCUUCUGCCCCGAGAGCCCCCGCUUCCUGCUCAUCAACCGCAACGAGGAGAACCGGGCCAAGAGCGUGCUGAAGAAGCUGCGCGGGACCGCGGACGUGACCCGCGACCUGCAGGAGAUGAAGGAGGAGAGCCGGCAGAUGAUGCGGGAGAAGAAGGUCACCAUCCUGGAGCUGUUCCGCUCGCCCGCCUACCGCCAGCCCAUCCUCAUUGCCGUGGUGCUGCAGCUGUCCCAGCAGCUGUCCGGCAUCAACGCUGUUUUCUAUUACUCCACAAGCAUCUUCGAGAAGGCGGGGGUCCAGCAGCCUGUGUAUGCCACCAUCGGUUCAGGCAUUGUCAACACAGCCUUCACUGUCGUGUCGCUGUUUGUGGUGGAACGAGCCGGCCGGCGGACCCUGCACCUCAUAGGCCUGGCUGGCAUGGCCGGCUGUGCGGUGCUUAUGACCAUCGCGCUGGCACUGCUGGAACAGCUGCCCUGGAUGUCCUACCUGAGCAUCGUGGCCAUCUUUGGCUUUGUGGCCUUUUUUGAAGUAGGCCCUGGCCCCAUCCCAUGGUUCAUUGUGGCUGAACUCUUCAGCCAGGGCCCCCGCCCAGCUGCCAUUGCCGUCGCUGGCUUCUCCAACUGGACCUCAAAUUUCAUUGUGGGCAUGUGCUUCCAGUAUGUGGAGCAACUGUGUGGUCCCUAUGUCUUCAUCAUCUUCACCGUGCUCCUGGUUCUCUUCUUCAUCUUCACCUACUUCAAAGUUCCUGAGACAAAAGGCCGGACCUUUGAUGAGAUUGCUUCUGGCUUCCGGCAGGGGGGAGCGAGCCAAAGUGACAAGACACCUGAGGAGCUGUUUCACCCCCUGGGGGCUGAUUCCCAAGUGUGAGGUGCCCCACACCACCAGCCUAGCCUGCUCCCAGCAACCCCAGGAUCUCUCGGAGCAUAGGCAGCUGGAUGAGACUUCCAAAGUGACAGAUCUUAGCGGAGCUGGACCUGAGGCUCCCUCCUUCAGCCAGUAAUGAAGUCCAAAAGAACAUUCAGGACUUUCAUGGCUCCAGGAUUUUAACAAAAGCAAGACUUGCUCAGAUCUAUUCAGACAAGCAACAGGUUUUAUAAUUUUUUUUUAUUACUGAUUUUGUUAUUAUUUUUUUAUCAGCCAGAGUCUCCUUUACCCACAUCCCAGGCUUCACCCUGAAUGGCUCAGUGCCUGAGGGGGGGGACCAAGCCCUGCCUAGACACUUGCCUUCUUCGCCAAGCUAAUCUGUAGGGCUGGACCUAUGACCAAGGACACACACUAAUCGAACUGCGAACUAUGAGUCUUCUAUCCCAAGAGGUGGCUGUGACCACUCCCUUCUGUGGGCCUGGGUCUCCCCACCUAGGGCGCCGGGCUCCAUUAGGAUUCGGCCAUUCCCAUCUCUUCCUACCCAACUGCUCAAAUUAAUCUUCCCUUGCCUGAAACCAGUUGGGAGCACUGGAGUGCAGGGAGGAGAGGGGAAGGGCCAGACUGGGCUGCCAGGUUCUAGUCUCCUUCACACUGAGGGACAGACGAUCGCCAUGAGAGAGCCGUGGGAGGCUGAGAACUCACUAUUCACGAAGACAUGGACACUCCUGCCCUGCUGUGUAUAGAUGGAAGAUAUUUAUAUAUAUUUUUUGGUUGUCAAUAUUAAAUACAGACACUAAGUUAUAGUAUAUCUGGACAAACCAACUUGUAAAUACACCACCGUACUCCCUCUGUAACUUACCUAAGCAGAUAUAAAUGGCUGGUUUUUAGAAA